CGCUUCAUUCGCUGGGUAAGGAAAACAUGCAGCUUGUGUAGCAUAUGCUCUCAUUUAAUUAUUACUCACACAGAUCACAUCGAAACCUGUACUGCAGAACUACUGUAUUCGUCUUAAUCCCUUGGAGGUUUUGGAAGAAUAAACAAUUCUUUCUGGAGAACAGCCACCUACGGACACAGAUCUAAGAGGGGAAGCAAAAACGUUCAAAACGGACGGGGUAGCGGAGCACAGGGGUAAAAACCGGGGUAAUAUGAAAGACAGGGACUUAAUGCCCAAUAUGGAGAGGGGAAAACCUGCCACAUAUACUGGGGAUAAAAAGGCAAAGAUGGCUGCGAAGACCAACAAAAAAUGGGUGAGACUGGCCACUGUUUUUGCCUAUGUUUUGUCCGUGUCACUGGCUGCUAUUAUCCUCGCCAUUUAUUACAGCCUGAUUUGGAAGCCCGUUAGGUCUCAAGACACCACACCUCCAUCAACCAGCACUUUGUGGCCCGGUGGUUUGGAAGGGAAUGCCACCAACGAAGGGAAUGCCACCAACAUUUCCAGUACUAAUACAUCCCAGUCGAACCUAUCACUUGCUAAUGAAACGGUGUCGACUGGGGACAUGGGAAACACAGGAGCCGAGCAGAGGAACUUACAGCAAUGGGGGCUGAGCAGUCCUGAAAUAAUUUCAGACCAAAUGUUAACCCAAAGUGGGCAAAGUGGGCCACCUAGACACAAAGAAGUUGGCACAACACACAUGUAUAAAGGCACUGUGACUAAAGGACUGGCUGCCAAUUUAAAUACACAAGAACAUUUGAUGAUAACAGAGGUUUCCAACAUCAAACACAUAAGUGCACAGGAUACUGGAGAAACAGAGGUCUGGAAGCCUACACCGAGCCUACAAGACGCGUCAAAUGCCCAGGCUGCUCUGACCGAAGCUCCGCAAGGCCUGCGAAGUGCUACAGAAGCGGACGGCCACUAAAAAGCAAGGUUCUCCGGGGUUUCACAGAUCUGAACCGAUAAAUCAUGGUUGUAACAGUGAGGUUUUCCUCGUUAUUAGAGGAUCUAGCUUUGCAAGACUUAGUGGAUGUAUUAGAAACAGCUGCAGUGACUUCAUACUCUACACUGAGUGAAACCGUAUAGAAUAAAAAAAAAAAAAAAAAAAAAACAGUAUAACUUAAAUCCUUAAAUUCUUAUACUUCUGUAAACCCUUCCUUCUCUAUUACGUCUUAAAACCGUUUUUUGACAUCUAACUUUCUUUCCGAUUGACGGUUUGUUAGACGUUUCUUCACCCAGCAUCAAGGAUAAAGAGGAAUCGAUUACAGCUAUAUUACAUUUUAUAAUGUCUAAACAAACUUUGACAUUUUAGAAGUCGAAUGGGCCUGGCAAUUGCCAACACAUUCCGCUGAAAUGCUAUUUUCUUUCCCUAAAAUUAUGAGUAGAGACUUGCAUUUUGUUUGAAAUAAUUUUACAAAUUGACCAAGAUUCCGCAAGCUUAAGCGGAACACCUUAUAUUGAGUUAAGCUCAGGUAUGUGCAUAACUAAUUAUAGCCUAAUAAAUAUGUAAAUGUGAAAAUACUGUAUGUGGUGUUGCGUACAUAUUUAAGGCAUAAAUGCUCAGUACUGGAGUUCUUUUUUAGCCUAGAUACUUUGAUAACACUAUUUUCAGUUACUUUAAACUGAUAAUUGCACAAAUAUUUGUUUAUUGAAUGAAGAAAAUAUAAUUUAAAUGAUACAUUACAUACUAUGUUUCUCUGCCACAAAAUACAAAUAGUUGUUAAUUUAAACCGGUGAUAGAGGUGCCCGAAUCACUGUGUAUAGUUUGGUCAAACGGGAAUAAACAACUUUUUUUUUGUUUUUUUUUCUAAAUCGGAUUUUU